AAUUAGUCCAAACCAUGAGAGGCCACAACAACAUCGUCGAAGCCCAUUAUCAUCACCAAUGGCUAAAGCCAGCAGCACUCUGUUUGCUGUCUCCUGCUCAGCUUCAGCUCGUUUCUCUUUCCUCCGACACUCUGAAUCUCUUAAACGCUCAGUUUCAAGAGCGAGAUUCGCCGUCCCAAUGGCUAUGGCCGCCGCCUCAGCUGCCACCGCUAAAAAACUAGCACCUGCCGUGAUUGUGGGUGGCGGAAGAGUCGGAAGGGCGUUACAGGAAAUGGGUAAUGGCGAGGAUUUGUUGGUGAAGAGAGGAGAAGCAGUUCCGGUUGAUUUUGAAGGACCCAUUUUGGUUUGUACAAGAAAUGAUGAUCUCGAUGCUGUUCUUGAAGCUACUCCUCAGUCUAGAUGGAAAGAUUUGGUCUUCUUUCAAAAUGGAAUGAUGGAGCCGUGGUUUGAGAGCAAAGGUUUGGGUGAUACAGACCAAGUCUUGGCCUAUUUUGCUGUGUCAAAGCUCGGCGAGCCUCCCGUGGAUGGAAAGACUGACACUAACCCAGAAGGUCUAACUGCUGCUUAUGGAAAAUGGGCUUCAGAGAUAGCUGCAAGAUUGCAAUCUGGUGGCCUCUCUUGCAAGGUACUUGACAAAGAAGCUUUUCAGAAGCAAAUGUUGGAGAAACUCAUUUGGAUUUGUGCAUUUAUGCUUGUUGGAGCUCGUCAUCCAGGUGCAAGUGUUGGCACGGUGGAGAAAGAAUACAGAGAUGAAGUGUCGAUACUCAUCCAAGAACUCGCAGCAGCUGCUGCUGCGGAAAAAGGACUAACCUUUGAAGAGAACAUGGUGGAGAGACUAUGUGCUUAUUCACGAGCUGUUUCUCAUUUCCCGACUGCUGUUAAAGAAUUUAAAUGGAGGAAUGGUUGGUUUUAUUCACUCUCAGAGAAGGCGAUUGCAGAAGGGAAACCGGAUCCGUGUCCCCUCCAUACCGAAUGGCUGAAAGAGCUUAAAGAUCGUCCACGCUUGUUUGAAUUUUCAGCCGUUGCAGGCAAUGAGGUCCAAGUAGGCAACUGUGGUUUCUUCGCAACUGCUCAAGAUCUCACGGUCUUGAGUUCUUGUCAAAGCCAUUGCGGGGGAAUAGCGAUUCCAUAUCCCUUUGGAAUUGGUAAAGAUUGCUAUCUCGACAACAACGAGUGGUAUGAAGUUAUUUGUAACCGAACCUCAGGAAACCCUGUGCCAAUUCUUAAUAGUAUCAACAGAGAACUGGUGAAUAUCUCUCUGCCGGACGACUCAAGCGAUUCCUUUGGGCUAAUCCGAAUCAAGAAUCCGGUAACUUCAUCAGGCUGUUCCAAUAUGGAAGAACUCAGCUUGGUUUUGAAUGUGACCAGAAGCCCAUUCUUCCUCACCGGCCAUAAUACUCUAGUAGCAGUUGGUUGUAACAACAAGGCCUCGAUGACGGAUGUUAAGCAGCAGAUGGGAGGAUGCGAGUCUACCUGCGACGCGGGGUUUGGUCAGAGAGGGCAGAACACAAGCUGCAACGGCUACAGAUGUUGCCAAGCGAAGAUACCCUCUGACCGUCUGCAACAGAUUGGCAUCAAGAUAGAGAGCCUUGAUGGUAACACAACGAAAUCAGCUGGAUGCAGAGUUGCUUUUUUGACAGACGAGGCAUAUUCUCCUUUAAAUAUAACCGAACCAGAGUUGUUUUACGAUAAGGGAUAUGCAACAGUGGAGUUAGGUUGGUUCAUAGAUAGGUUACAUAAUAUGUCCGUUGAUACUGGGGUUUGCUAUUCAAUUACCGAGGGUACAAACGGUUGGAGUUACAGUAACUAUGAAGCUUGCAUUUGUAGAUAUGGUAAGUACUUAGAGCGAAGCUAUAGAAGCUGCAGGUGUAACAGUGGUUACAGAGGCAAUCCAUAUCUCCCGAGUGGAUGUACAGAUAUUGAUGAGUGUGAAGAAGCCAAAGCUGAAGGGCGCAACCAUUGUGGGAAAGGGUAUGAUUGUGAGAAUAUACCAGGAAACUUUAGUUGUCAAUCCAACAAAAACAAAAGACUAGCCAUCAUUCUUGGUAUUAGUCUAGGCUUUGGCUUGUUGGUUUUUGGCAUUGGAGCAUGGUUGUUGUAUAAGUUUAUCAGAAAGCAAAGGGAGAUAAAGCGGAAGAAGUUCUUUAAGCGUAAUGGAGGACUAUUGCUGCAACAACAAUUGGUUUCGAAUGAAGGCAACAUUGAGAAUACAAGACUUAUCAGUGGCUCAUCAGCAGCAACACCUCCACCUCCAGAUGGUAAUUCUUCAACUUCUUGUAACAGAGCCUGUGGAGGAGUCUCAAUUCCGUUCCCGUUCGGAAUCGGCAAGGAUUGUUAUCUCAAUGGCUGGUACGAGGUUGUCUGCAACACUACCACUUCCGGGUCGUCUGGCACAACUGUUCCGUUCCUCUCACGGAUCAAUAGUGAAGUGGUGAACAUCUCUCUUCCAGAUGGUAAUAAGCCAUACGGAGUGGUUCAUAUCAAAGGUCCACUGACAUCGUUGGGUUGCUCUACUAGUAGUACUAGUCAAGUAUCCGAAAUGUCAUUGCCGAAUUUGAACGUCACAGGCAGGGGAAGCCCAUAUUUCCUCACUGAUGAGAACCGCCUCGUGGUGGUUGGUUGCGGUACAAAGGCUUUGAUGACGGAUAUUGAAUCAGAGAUCUUGGGUUGUGAAUCGAGCUGUGAAGCUAGCAAGAGUAGUGAAGAGGUAACAAAAUCGAUUUGUGACGGUUACAAAUGCUGCCAGGCGAGGAUACCGUUGGAGCGUCCUCAGGUUAUUGGUAUCAGUAUAGAAAACACAAAUGGCACAAGAGGGAAAGGGUGCAGUGUUGCGUUCUUGACUAACAAGAGGUAUGCACCGAUGAAUGUUACCGAGCCAGAACAAUUCCAUGCUGGUGGCUACGCGGUGGUAGAGCUAGGUUGGUACUUUGAUACUUCGGAUUCUCGCUUUAGGAACCCCUUAGGUUGUAGAAACAUGACCCGGUACAGUUCUUACAGCUCCUUUGAUAGUUGUAGUUGUGAGUAUGAUUACUUUUCUGGGAUGAGUUAUAGGAUUUGCUAUUGCAACUAUGGCUACACAGGGAACCCAUACCUUCGACAUGGCUGCAUAGACAUAGACGAAUGCGAAGGACACCACAAUUGUGGAGAAGGGACUUGUGUGAACAUGCCUGGAUCACAUAGCUGCGAGCCCAAGAUAACGAAGCCGGAAAAAGCCUCUGUGCUUCAAGGCGUUCUUAUAGGUCUAGGAGUUCUGUUUUUCGUUCUCGGAAUCUUGGGGUUGUACAAAUUCAUUAAGAAGCGCAGGAGGAUCAUCAGCAGCAAGAACUUCUUCAAAGCAGCAACACCUCCACCUAGUAAUACUUCAACUUCUUGUAACAGAACCUGUGGAGGAAUCUCGAUCCCCUUCCCGUUCGGAAUCGGUGAGAAGGAUUGCUAUCUCAACAACUGGUACGAGGUUGUUUGUAACACCACCACUUCCGGGUCUUCCAGCACAACUGUUCCACUCCUGUCUAGAAUCAAUAAGGAAGUGGUGAACAUCUCUCUUCCAGAUGGUUAUCCUGAACCAUACGGAUUGGUUCACAUCAAAGGUCCUGUGACUUCGUUGGGUUGUUCUAGUAAUACAAGUCAAGGACCCCAAAAGUCGCUCUCGGGUUUGAAUGUCACAGGCAAGGGCAGCCCAUAUUUCCUCACCGACGAGAACCGCCUUGUGGCGGUUGGCUGUGGUACCAAGGCUUUGAUGACGGAUAUUGAAUCAGAGAUCUUGGGUUGUGAGUCGAGUUGUGAAGACAGCACCAGUAGUAAAGAAGUAACAAACUCGAUUUGUAACGGUUACAAAUGCUGCCAGGCAAGAAUACCGACCGAGCGUCCGCAAGCAAUAGGUGCCAACAUAGAGAGCAAUAAUGGUACAGGAGGAGGAGGGUGUAAAGUUGCUUUUUUGACGAACACGAGGUAUUUACCAUCAAAUGUGACCGAGCCAGAAAAGUUCCAUGCGGAUGGCUACGCGGUGGUAGAGCUAGGAUGGUACUUUGAUACUUCAGAAUCUCGCUUUAGGAACCCCUUGGGUUGCAUAAAUCUGACCCGUUCUAAUGGGUCUUACUUCUCCGGCGACAACUGCCUUUGCCAGUACGGAUACUUUUCCGGGAUCAGUUAUAGGAACUGCUAUUGCGGCAAUGGCUUCACAGGAAACCCAUACAUACGAGGCGGAUGCAUAGACAUUGAUGAAUGCAAAGUACCCAACAAUUGCGGAGAAGACACUUGUGAGAACAUUGUUGGAGCGUACAAAUGUGUGCCAAAGAUAACCAAGCUAGCCAAACCCGCUGUUCUUCGAGGGGUCCUUAUAGGUUUGUUGGGACUUCCGUUUCUAGUUAUAAUUGGGAUUUUCGGGUUGUUCAAAGUUAUUAGAAAGCGACGGAGGAUCAUCCGUAGCAUGAAGUUCUUCAAACCAAGAAAACCACCAGAUCUGUGUAACAGAGUCUGCGGAGGAAUAUCUAUUCCUUUCCCGUUCGGUAUCGGUGGAAAAGAAUGCUAUCUAAACCCGUGGUACGAGGUUGUAUGUAACAGCACAACCUCUGUUCCGUUCCUCUCAAGGAUCAACAGAGAAUUGGUGAACAUCUAUCUUCCAGAUGAUACUGAGUACUACUCUAACGGAGUUGUUCACAUCAAAGGUCCCGUAACUUCCUCAGGGUGUUCUACCGGAACAUCUCAGCCGCUUACACCGCAGCCUUUAAACGUUGCCGGCCAAGGCAGCCCCUAUUUCCUCACGGACAAUAACCUCCUCAUGGCGGUUGGUUGCAACGUCAAGGCCGUUAUGACAGAUAUCAAAUCGCAGAUCAUCGGUUGCGAGUCAAGUUGUGACGAGAGAAACAGUAGCAGCCAACAAGUAAGAAACAAAAUCUGCAGUGGUAGUAAAUGUUGCCAGACGAGGAUACCGGAAGGGCAGCCUCAAGUAAUUGGAGUAAAUAUAGAGACCCCUGAAGGCAAAAACACAACAGAAGGAGGAUGCAGAGUUGCAUUUUUGACGAGCGAGAAGUAUUCGAGUUUGAAUGUUACAGAGCCAGAAGAGUUUCAUAGUGAUGGAUACGCGGUGGUAGAGCUUGGAUGGUACUUUGAUACUUCGGAUCCUCGUGUUUUAAGCCCCAUAGGUUGUAAAAAUGUGUCAGAUGCAUCACAAGAUGGCGGGUACGGUUCCGAGACAAUGUGCGUUUGCUCGUACGGCUACUUCUCUGGAUUCAGCUAUAGGAGUUGCUAUUGUAACUCCAUGGGUUAUGCUGGGAAUCCAUUCCUUCCAGGUGGAUGUGUUGACAUCGAUGAAUGUAAACUAGAAGAAGGACGCAAAAGGUGUAAAGACCAAAGUUGUGUGAAUAAACCCGGUUGGUUUACGUGUGAGCCAAAGAAACCAGGGCAGCUCAAGCCAGUGUUUCAAGGUGUUCUUAUAGGUUCGGCACUGUUGCUUUUCGCCUUUGGAAUUUUCGGGUUGUACAGGAUUCGUUCACCACCUCAUAAUUCAGAGAUUCAUAAUGAUGAUGAUGAUGAUGAGGAAGAUCAAGCCAUGGAAAUCAACAUUGACGAGACUUGGGAUGUUGGUAUGACUGCUCCAGCCUCUAUGUUUAAUAACCGAUCCCCUGCGACUGAUGUUGAGCCUCUGGUUCCUCUACGAACAUGGUGAUGAACCCUCAUUUGAUUAAAAAAAUGUUAUGUUUCGAUUAUGAAUUUCUAGUUUUUCACCAUGUAACAAUACACAGAAUUUACAUUA